UUUUUUUUUUGCUCAUUCAUUUCCUUUCUUUUUUUCUUCCUUUCUUUCCUCCUCUAUACUUCUCUUCAGCCAAACACUAAACACAAAAGUCUUGCUUCUCAUUUCAACUCUUGCAUUUAUUCAUUGUCUUUAAAAACUUGCUUGCUGCGCUUGUCAUCCCCACACAUAUCCUCUGGCCCAAUUUCAUCUUUGGCCUUUGUCGGCAGUUAUCCUGCUUCUUCUUCGUUGCAAUCACCGCUAUCAUCAAUCUUAGUAGGAAGCACUGUUUCUCAGCGCACUAAAGGUUCUAUCAUGACAAAUAAUACUCUUCCUCUUUCACAGUCUUCGACAACGUUGACAGAUGAUGCUCAAAGCCGCAAUCAACACCUUCAUACCCUUGCUGAUUCAGCUUCCAAUGCCUCAUUGGACACAUCAACUACAGCCUCGCCUACUCCCACACAAAAACCAUUUACCAAUGACAAUCUUCAGUCUCCAGAGAUCGGGAAGUCGCAACAAAGCAUGUUCUCUUCAGAAGGACAUCAUCCCACCUCGACUGAUCCACUCUUCCUGCGUGGUCCAUGGUUUAAGGAUCACACCGGUCGCACCGUGACCCUUCGUGGUGUUAAUCUGUCAGGUGCAUCCAAGAUGCCUAUAGGAGGUUCUUCGCACGAGCUGGAAGGGUUUCUUGAUUCAAAUGGAACAAAAGUUUCAUUCGUCGGUCGGCCUUUUCCUCUUGAAGAUGCAGAUGAGCACUUGGGCCGACUCAAGCACUGGGGGUUCAAUCUUUUACGAUUUAUUGUUACUUGGGAGGCGAUCGAGCAUGCUGGACCUGGCAAAUAUGAUUACGACUACUUUGAGUAUUUAGUUAAAGUGCUCCGCAAAUGCAAACAGUAUGGCUUCAAGUGCUUUAUUGAUCCCCAUCAAGAUGUGUGGUCUCGUUUUUCUGGAGGAUCCGGGGCACCUUUGUGGACAUUAUACCUAGCUGGACUUGAUCCCAGCUGCUUUAGCCAAACGAAUGCGGCCCUUGUCCAGAACUUUUAUGAAGAUCCUGUAAAUUUCCCCAAAAUGGUCUGGGCAACAAAUUAUAACAAGUUGGCCGCCGCGACCAUGUUUACACUCUUCUUUGGAGGCUCAACUUUUGCACCAGACUGCAUUAUCGAUCAGAUGAAUAUACAGGAUUACCUUCAAACACACUACAUCAAGAGCUAUAUGGCUCUAGCAGAAUACAUCACAUCUCAGCAUGGAAUCGAGGACGAUGUGGUGAUUGGAUACGAUACCUUGAAUGAACCUUCUGCUGGAUGGAUUGGGAUAGAAGAUGUCACAAAGUUUCCGCAUCAUCAAGAGCUCAAAAAGGAUGCCACACCAACUCCAAUACAGGCCAUGAUGUUAGGACAAGGACUUAAGCAGACAGUUGAGUUUUGGGCUGUUACAUUUUUUGGUCCAAAAAAGAAGGGAACCAAAACGAUUGACCCCAAAGGAGUAACUGCUUGGCUUAAUAAAGAGAAACGUGAUGAAAAAGAUAGAGCCUUUGGGUGGAAGCGCUCGCCUAACUAUCCAAAGGCAGGCGAGUGUAUCUGGGCACACCAUGGUGUCUGGGAUAGGUCGACACAGCAGGUGCUUGAUACUGAAUACUUUAGUAAAGACCCAGAGACGGGAGAAAAAUAUAAUUUCGAUGCGAGGUCCUUCUUGCCAUUCUGUCGACGAUACGCUCAAGCAAUUCGGACGAUCCAUAAGGCAGCCAUCAUCUUUUUGGAACCUCCUGUCAACGAGAUCCCACCUUCGCUUCCGCCACCACAUGAUGAGGAUGUUGCGCAUUUUGACAUUACAUCCCGUAUUGUAUAUGCUCCACAUUGGUAUGAUGGGUUGACUCUUUUGAACAAGAAGUGGAACUUUUUUAAUAUCGACUAUUUGGGUGUGAAACGCGGUCGGUAUCCGAAUUAUGCAUCCGCAAUCAAGAUUGGGGAGAAGGCUAUCAAGGAGUGUUUCCGACAUCAGCUUGCCUGUAUCAAGGAGGAGGGUCAGUUAGCGAUUGGGCCACAUCCGACACUGAUUGGAGAGAUUGGGAUCCCAUAUGAUAUGAAUGACGGCAGAUCAUACAAACCCAACGGCAAUUAUAAGGAUCAGAUCAAGGCAAUGGAUGCCAAUAUGUAUGCGUUGGAAUCCAAUCACCUCAAUUUCACUCUCUGGAACUACUGCCCUGAUAAUAGUCACAAGUGGGGGGAUCAAUGGAAUGGUGAAGACCUGUCUCUCUGGAGCAAAAACGACGUUAACAAGGACCCUCGCCGAUUGUCCAAGAAGGGUAGUAAAAGAAGUCUUGCUAGCGAAUCUUUCAGUCUUCAUGAUGUUGGAUCAGAGAAUUAUAUCGAAGCCCAGGACACUCCUUCGCUUACAAGGCGCCCAUCGCUCGAUGCUGCUGCAGCUGUUACAGGUGUGGGUAAUGAUGUCAAGUCAGUGCCCACCCAUCCGAGGGUAGCAAAAUUGUCAUCAGCUCCUGCCUCUUCAGCAAGCUCCUCUAAAUCAACCUCCUCAAGUACGUCCUCCAACCAGCCCCUGUUAGAUGGCUCAAGCGAUGUCUACAAGAGUGACACCAAGGUUGGCAGUGUCAACAGCUCUUUGAGCUUCGACCACGUGUCACCUGAUAUGGGUGGACGUGCUGUGGCGGCGUUCUGCCGACCCUUUGCUCAAAAAGUGGCCGGUAUUCCUUUGGAACUGUCAUUUUCACUAAGUACAGUAACAUUUAAGUUCUCAUUCAAGCCGAUGCGUCAUGCAGAGACUGAGAGCGCGCUGUCCAAUCCUUUAAAUUCACCCAAGCCUGGAAAGAUUCAUGAACCCACAGAGAUUUAUCUCCCUCGUAUCCAUUUUCCAUGUGCUGAUGAGUAUUUGAAUUCGUUGAGAGACGAUGCAAGGUCGGUGGUAUUGGACAGAAAAGAUGCUGCUUGCUCAGUAACUGUCUCUGGUGGGCGCUGGAAAUGGAACGAUGGAGAGCAGAUAUUGCUUUGGUGGAUGGAUGACGACGACAAAGACGAUGGUAGCAAAGAUAUCAAACCCCAUGAACCAAGUAAGGAUGAUGGUAUUUACGAAAUCACAGUAGUUGGUAAGAAAUGGGCUGGAAAUUCCUUGGAUAGGCCGAGGAACGGCGGUUUCUGGAACUCGCUCAGCCAAUGCUGUAGAAUCUCUUAGAGUAUAUGUCUAGCGCACUGAUUUCCUUUUUAGUAACGGGAAAAAAAAGCAAUGAAGAAAAAAAAAACGCAACUAGUUCUUCGG